GAGGAAACAGUCGCUGCUGCUGCUGCUGCUGAGGGACAGAUGGAGCAUCUGAGCCUGAACGCGUCGCGCUGCGUCACAGCUCUCCAGAGCUCGGCACGGACCAUGUGGAUCACCGGCGUGUUCAUCGCCUCAGUGUACGGUGUAAUCAGUGUGUUUGGGCUUAUAGGCAACAUCACACUCAUCAGGACGUUUUGUUCUGCCAAAUCCAUCCGCAAUGUGCCCAACCUGUUCAUGUCGAGCCUGGCUCUGGGGGACGUGUUGCUGCUGGUGACCUGCGCGCCGGUGGAUGCGAGCCGCUACCUGUCGGAGGAGUGGCUGUUCGGGAGAGUCGGCUGCAAAGUCAUCCCCUACAUCCAGCUCACCUCUGUCGGUGUGUCUGUGUUCACUCUUACGGCACUCUCUGCUGACAGGUACCGAGCCAUUGUGAAACCCUUAGACAUCCAAACAUCGAGAACCACUACCAGCAUCGUCCUGCGGGCGGCGCUUAUCUGGCUCUUCUCGCUGGUCUUGGCUAUCCCCGAGGCCAUCUUCUCUGACCUCCACACCUUCAACAUCGCCUCCACCAAUGAGAGCUUUGUCACCUGCGCUCCUUACCCUCACGCUGGAGAUCUGCACCAAAAGAUCCUCUCCAUGGCCUCCUUCCUCAUUUUCUAUGUCAUCCCCCUGCUGGUCAUAUCGGUGUACUACACCUUCAUCGCCCGCAGCCUGAUGAGGAGUGCUUCAAACCUUCCUGUGGAGGGGAACGCUCACGCCCGACAGCAGGUGGAAGCCAGGAAGCGUCUGGCCAAGACUGUGCUGGUGUUUGUUGGUCUCUUUGCAUUGUGCUGGCUGCCCAGUCACGUCAUCUACUUGUACCGCUCCUAUCACUACUCACAGGUGGACACUUCCCUGGCUCACUUCUUGUGCAGCGUGGUCGCUCGAAUCCUGGCCUUCACCAACUCCUGCCUGAACCCCUUCGCUCUGUACCUGCUGAGCAAGAGCUUCCAGAAGCAGUUCAACCAGCAGCUGUGCUGCUGCUGCCGGAGGGUCUUUGAACGCACCGCACAGAGUCCGAGUCACUACAACACCCGCAUGAGCUCCGUACGCAGCACCAACCAUUCAUCGGCAAGUCUGAGCAACGGCAGGAGAGGCUACCAGGAGGACUGUGUGUGAGAGAGUGUGUGUGAGAGAGAGUGUGUGUGUGAGAGAGAGAGAGUGUGUGUGAGUGUUUGUGUUUGUGUGUGUGUGUGAGAGAGAGAGAGAGAGAGAGAGAGAGAGAGAGAGAGAGAGAGAAAGAGGUAAAGAACAGGGCAGUGUGAGAUUGUGUGCGUGUGUGUGUUUGAGAGUGUGUGUGUGUGUGUGUGUGUGUGUGUGUGUGUGUGUGUGAGAGAGAGUGUGUAUGUGUGAGAAAAGGACCAUGCGUAUGUGUUUUUACACUGCUUUUCUUCAGUAAUCAACAUCACAUCAGGUGACCGAUAAAAUCAGAUCCAUUGAUUUGCUAACGGAGGCUGAAGUCAGCGUCUGAUCCAACCAAUCAUCUGCUGAGGACAGAAAGGUCGUAACAGACGCAGCAUCCAUUAAGUCUACACAGUGACUCAAGUCUUUAAUCCAGAGGAUGAAAGGAGACAACGUGUGUCUUUCUUUAACCAAGACCAGAAUCAAGAGUUUCUCCUUCAUGAACUAGGAGCUGUGAGGACCUGGAGACAGCCACCAGCUACUUCAAUCAUAUUCAACUGCCUCCAUCAGCACCCAGAAGGUCCCUCCAUUAGCACCCAGGAGGAGCUCCCUCCAUCGGCACCCAGGAGCUCCCUCCAUCGGCACCCAGGAGCUCCCUCCAUCGGCACACAGGAGCUCCCUCCAUCGGCACCCAGGAGCUCCCUCCAUCGGCACCCAGGAGCUCCCUCCAUCGGCACACAGGAGCUCCCUCCAUCGGCACACAGGAGCUCCCUCCAUCGGCACACAGAAGCUCCAUCCAUCAGCACAGUGGAGCCCCCUCCAUCAACACCGAGGAGCUCCCUCCAUCAACACCGAGGAGCUCCCUCCAUCAACACCGAGGAGCUCCCUCCAUCAACACUGUGGAGCUCCAUCCAUGAGCACAGAGGAGCUCCCUCCAUCAGCUGCAGCUCUUCUAUCUUUGUGUUCACGAUGCGACCAUGUAAAUGUUGAGAUUCCAAUAUUUGACAUGUUUAGUUUGAAACCAUGCAAACGUGUUCACUUGUGCUAUGAGCAAUGAGCUGAGGCUCAUUUGAAUGUAAUUGGAGUUUUUUUUUUACAUUCAGACUCAUAACUAUCUUUAAAUGUUUAUCUUUAAAUGUUUUCAGCAACACUGCAAAUCAAUAAGUAAUGUUUCUAGAACAGGGUUGAGUCCGGCUGCUUCACACUGACUGAGUGACGCACAGCAUCAAGUCAGUGAUGAAUGCAGGAAGCGGUGAAGAUCAGCCCGGGCUGUUUGCAUGAACGAUCAAUGAUCAGAAAUUAGGGAAGUCUGCAGCGGAACUGCAGAAGAAAGGAUGACCUUCUGUACAAUUACACAUCAAAUAUGGAAAUAAGGAGGCUCAGCGCCCGAGGUAAGAUUGAUUAGAACAUGUGACCUUUCCUCUAACCAGCACAGCUCCAGCACAGACUGGCAGUAAUGAACAGUUCAAAAAGCUAUUGUUAAUUCAGGGUCCUCAGGAAAAAAGAGCGCCAACACCUCCAGGAUGAACAAGGUGUUAAAUCAGGAGAUGAGCCGAGGUGACACCGAGCACAUGGCGAGCUACUGUUCACUGAGAGCGCACAUGCAGAACUCUGAGCCUGAAGUGAAGAAUAAGAGUUAGAUAGAAACUCAACCGUCUGUUGUCACGAUGGAGGAAUUAGAUGGGCUGUGAUCGCUCAACAUGGUUUGAAUCUGUUGAUAGAGUCUGAUUGGUUCGAACGGAGGCCAGUCUGAGAACAACACUCUCUUACCCCUUUUCGAACAAGGCAGUUUCAGGGCCGGUGCUCAGUUGAGAACCGGCUUUUCGUGUUUGGACUGUGACUGAAGCGGCUCCGACUCUUUGCUGGUCUAGAACCGCAAACCGCUUAAGUCAGGGGCAAGGUUGCCGUGAUCAAAACCACAAACAAAAAUGUUUCCACCAUUGUCCUGCAGUGAAAAUAUAAGAGACUAAUGAAUUCCAAGGCAAAGCAGUGGUCGGCCGAGGGGAAAAGCUGUCAUUGUACGCCAUUGUUGUUGUGAGGGAAAGUUUGCACUAGCGCUGCUGGGAAAAGCUGUUAUGUAAAUCUGACGUAAUGAGGUGCCUCUUCCACGGGCUCGAGUGGGCAGAAAACCAAACAAGUCCUGCACUGGUUCGCAAGCUCAUCCAGCUCCGAAACAGCGCGAGCACCAGCCCAGAAAAACAACCCGGCUCGUGUUGGUUGAAAAAGAGGAUUCAGAGACACCAGAUUCAGUCUGAGGUCCGAACAUGUCGACCCUUCACGAUCCACAGAGUGCUUUUAAAGUUAAAUAUAUAAAUAAUGAUUAUUAUCAGAAUCACAGUUUUAUGAAUAACUUGUUGUGCUUUUGCUUUAAAUGUUGCCAAAAGAUGUAAGUUGACUUUGUGCUGUAUCCCUGUGUGUCCCUGUGUCUGUGUGUGGACGUGAACCUCCUGCUCUCUGUGUCUGUGGAGCUUCUUCUGUGUGUGGACAUGAACCUCCUGCUCUCUGUGUCUGUGGAGCUUCUUCUGUGUGUGGACAUGAACCUCCUGCUCUCUGUGUCUGUGGAGUUUCUUCUGUUUGGACGUGACCUCCUGCUCUCUGUGGAGCUUCUUCUGUGUGGAUGUGAACCUCCUGCUCUCUCUGGAGCUUCUUCUGUGUGGACGUGAACCUCCUGCUCUCUGUGGAGCUUCUUCUGUGUGUGGAUGUGAACCACCUGCUCUCUGUGGAGCUUCUUCUGUGUGUGGAAGUGAACUUCCUGCUCUCUGUCUCUGUGGAGCUUCUUCUGUGUGUGGAUGUGAACCUCCUGCUUUCUGUGGAGCUUCUUCUGUGUGUGGAAGUGAACCUCCUGCUCUCUGUGGAGCUUCUUCUGUGUGUGGAAGUGAACUUCCUGCUCUCUGUCUCUGUGGAGCUUCUUCUGUGUGUGGACGUGAACCUCCUGCUCUCUGUGGAGCUUCUUCUGUGUGUGGAAGUGAACUUCCUGCUCUCUGUCUCUGUGGAGCUUCUUCUGUGUGUGGAUGUGAACCUCCUGCUUUCUGUGGAGCUUCUUCUGUGUGUGGAAGUGAACCUCCUGCUCUCUGUGGAGCUUCUUCUGUGUGUGGAUGUGAACCUCCUGCUCUCUGUGGAGCUUCUUCUGUGUGUGGAAGUGAACCUCCUGCUCUCUGUGGAGCUUCUUCUGUGUGUGGAGCUGAACCUCCUGCUCUCUGUGGAGCUUCUUCUGUGUGUGGACGUGAACCUCCUGCUCUCUGUGUCUGUUGGUGUCUCACGCUGUGAUAGCUUUGAAUGUUCAGUGUAGCUUCAGAGACGUGUUUUAAAUGUUGGUUGUCCUCUGAUUACAGAAUGUCACUGAGCUGUUAAACAGUGAAUGUAUUUAUAAAAAAAAGAACUGAAAUAAAUCAUGAAUGUGUUUAUAUCUCCUGAUGCUGUGUGCUGAUGCAACUCAAGGAUUUAAAGCGGACAUGAUGUCCUGAUUCAGUUUGAGUUGAAUGUAAAGUGCAUGAAACAGUGUUUGAUUUCAGCGUUAUGCAGCGUGUUAGAAAGAGACUCAGCCAGACUCUGCUGGCUGUUUGUGCACCAGAUGGUUUCUGCAGCGCUGCGUUCACUGACAUGAUUACUCUACACACGCUGGAUUUACAGUCUCUAUCCCACAAACAAUGUCCUGAUUUGGGGUUUCAAGCUGAAAGAGAACACAGAGAGCUUUAUAAUCAGUCUCCAUCAGGCUGAAUGCACUUUGCCAAAUUUUUGUUCUGCACGGUCUCAAGCAUCUACUUAAUGUUUCACCGUCAUGAUCAUGCUUUCUCUGCGGAAAGUCUUCAAUGUAAUAAAGAAAUGAAAGCAUGUUUUCAAGUAAAAGGUAUGAUACAAACAAUAAAAGGUCAUUAAGUGAAUAUUAA